AUGGCGGCUUCGAGGUUAUGACAACGAAGUCGUAAAUGUAUACUUUGUUGCUGUCCGAGAAGAUUAAGAACUCUUUUAAAGACUUGUUAACUUAUGUGCUUUGUAUUAUUUGAGAGUGACUUCAUCGUUGAAUUGAAAAUAUGAGUGAUAUUCGAGAUAUUUUAGAGUUGGAUCAAGGACUUGCUUCUGUUCCCACCAAAGAAGCUAUUGUCGGGGGAAACAAGCCAAGAAAACUGAGAAGAACUGGGGAGCAAAGUUACAAACGUCCAGAGGGAAUGCAUCGUGAACUUUAUGCCUUGUUAUACAGUGACAGUAGAGACUCUCCACCACUGGCUUCAUCAGACACUUCUCAUGGCUACAAGCAGAUGAAAGCUAAGUUAGGACGUAGGCAUGUGAGGCCAUGGAAGUGGGUGCCUUUCACUAACCCUGCUCGCACAGAUGGAGCAGUACUUUACCAUUGGAGAAGGGUGGCUGAUGAAGGAAAAGAAUAUCCAUUUGCCAGGUUUAAUAAGAAGGUGAAUGUUCCAAGCUAUACAGAUGAAGAGUACCAGCUGUACCUUCAUGAUGGACCUCCUUCUACCUGGACACGAGAUGAAACUGAUCACUUGUUUGACCUGUGCAGACGGUUUGAUCUACGAUUUAUAACAAUUCAUGAUAGGUUUGACAGAGAAAAGUAUCAGACUCGCACCAUUGAAGAGUUAAAGGAUCGCUAUUAUAGCUGUGUUACAAGGUUACUCAAGGCUAGAGCCCCCCCUGGACAAGAACCACAGAACUUGCCAGCACGUUAUGAUGGUCAGCAUGAAACAGAGAGAAAGAAACAGCUUUUGAAGCUGUUUAACCGCACACAAGAACAGGUACAAGAGGAAGAAAUGCUUGUGGCAGAAUUAAGAAAAAUAGAAAUGCGUAAGAAAGAGAGGGAAAAGAAACAGCAGGAUUUACAGAAACUCAUCACAGCUGCUGAGAAUCAAACAGACUCAUACAGAUUGAAGAGAGACAAGAAACAAGUUAAAAAGAAGCAAACUAAGAAGAAGGGGGAACUAGGUGACAAACCAGUCAAGGCUGAACCAUCAGGAGUCAAGUUUCCAGAGAGUAAAGGAGCUGGUGUGUAUCUGCGCAGUGCAAGGAUGAAGAUGCCAGGAUCAGUUGGAAUCAAGAAAGCUAAGGCAGUUGAGCAACUCCUCGAGGAGUUAGGAGUUGAUCUCAUGCCGAUGCCAACUGAACACAUCAGCCAUCAAUUUAAUGAACUGAGAAAUGAGAUGAUUCUGCUGUAUGAUUUGAAGCAAGCUGCUGGAAACUGUGAAUUUGAAAUCCAGUCUUUGAAACAUCGCCUGGAAGCAUUGGGAAAAGACAUAUCUACCAUAAACGUUCCUGUGGAAGCUGUCACUGUUGUUCCUAAAGUGCAAAUUACAGCUCCUUCCUCCACACCUUUGAUAGAUGCCGUCACCCCUUCUCCGGGAACUCCAAACGCCAGAAAAAGAAGAACAACAACGUCGUUUAUUGACCAAAAUGUGAUGAAGAAAACCAAAAGACUUUAGGAGCAAAAACACUGUGAGGACCCCUCAGUGUUUCUCGAUACGGGAUUCACGUAGGGAUAUUGCAAAUAUUAGACUUGCAUAACGCAUUCAGUUUGUAAAUAAAAUAAAAAAAAGUUUCACAAGAUUCCUUUUGAAUGAAAUCUCUC